AGUUGCUGACCACAUUAUUACUCUUAAACUAUCUGUUGACGAAUAAUUAACUAUGGAUCUUCUGUAUGCGCAAUUAAUAAAAUUUAUAUCAAUUCUAUUAACUUGCACCCAGAGUUACCUUUUUUUUUGUAACGACGCAGAGUAUCUAGCUAUGUACAACAAAUAAAAAUAUAUAUUCCGUUUUUUUGUUGGAAUUAAAAAUAUAGAGUGUUUACCAAAAAUGAAAAAAACAACAAAGAAAGUAGAGAAGGAUGGUUAGUACUGGGGGAAAUGCAGAGGAGAACCAAGAUAAAAACAUAAGUUUUUCAUUCCAUUUUUAAAUAUAGAUAUAACAUGAUAUUUUUUUGUUAGUAUAUAAUGUCAGAAACAUAUUUGCAAUACAUGUGAAAAAUGUAAAAUACAUUUUAUAACUUAUAAAUCGGAGUAUUGUUUUCUUAUAUAAGAAUCUAUGCAUGUGUUUUAGCGUCUCACACUUGCACAUGAUUUAUUAUAAUGUCUUCUUGUGUUUAUUAUAAUAGUAUAGUAAGAAGUACCACAAGAUUGAAUUUCUCUUCAAUAUCAUAGUUAACUACCGUUUAUUUUCCCAUUAUUUUUGCUGACUAAUUAUACUCUUCAUAAAAAUAUGCAUUGGUCGUUACUAUUAUUUUUUACUUUUUAUAUAGCAAACGACAACCAAUAGGUAAAUUUAUAAUACCACCACUGUAUUUAUUAUUAGAAUUGACCAAGAAAAUAGGAGCGUCUCGUCUUAUUUUGAUGGACUUUCUUAUUAUUAAAAUGAUGUAUUUUUCUUUAUAAACGAAGCCCCCUCUUUUGCUUCCUUCAUUCACCUGGUUGUUGGUACUUGGUAUCUCCACAAAGAAAAAUAAAAUAAAAUGAUCAACUUGAUUAGUUCUCUCGAACUCUCAUCUCUCACUCUUGAAGAUCCAUGGCCUGCUUUCUAGCCUAAGUUUCCUCUGUUUUCUUAUCGAGUCUUUCUUGGUUUCUUCAUCAUACUCUUAAAACGUUUUCUAAAAAUCAUGGGGACUGGAGAAAAAGCUCUGAAAGGCUUCCAUUUACUUCGCAAACAAACUGUCAAAAACAAAGAUGUUCCAAAAGGAUGCUUAGCGAUCAAAGUUGGAUCACAAGGAGAAGAGCAACAAAGAUUUGUAGUUCCUGUUUUGUAUUUUAACCAUCCUUUGUUCAUGCAGCUCUUGAAAGAAGCAGAAGAUGAGUAUGGAUUCGAUCAAAAGGGCACCAUCACAAUUCCAUGCGACGUUGCGGAGUUUCGUUACGUUCAAGAUUUGAUUGAUGGAGAGAGAUCGGUUAAUCAUAACCAUCAUCAUAGACAUAGUGGUCGUGACCAGUAUCAUCAUCUUGUUGGGUGUUUCAGAGGCUGAAGAAUGAUUAAAUAUAAAUUGAUGAUGGUUAAUGAAUUAUUGUUGUGUUUACAUUUUAGAUCUUUUUUUUUGUGUUGAUCCUGUGGAGUUGUGGAGCCAAAAAAUGGCCUAACCCAAGAAUGAAGUGAAUUUCUGAAUUUUUUCUGUAAUUGUAUGGAAUUUUAAGAUAAAUAAAUUUAAUUUUCUGAUUUUAA